CUUCGCUUGUUUGGCUCACAUUCUGCAAAAUGGCGACGUCCCUAGGAUCCAACACCUACAAUAGACAGAACUGGGAAGAUGCGGAUUUUCCAAUUCUGUGUCAGACAUGUUUAGGAGAAAAUCCUUACAUCCGUAUGACCAAGGAGAAGUAUGGGAAAGAGUGCAAGAUCUGUGCUCGACCCUUUACUGUGUUCCGAUGGUGUCCAGGGACACGAAUGCGUUUCAAGAAAACAGAGGUCUGUCAGACCUGCAGUAAAAUGAAGAAUGUUUGUCAGACAUGUCUGCUCGACCUGGAGUAUGGUUUGCCUAUCCAGGUCCGAGACACUGGGCUUGCUAUUAAAGAUGAGGUUCCUAAGUCGGAUGUGAACAAAGAAUACUACACACAGAACAUGGAGAGAGAGAUAGCCAAUUCUGACGGCACACGGCCGGUGGGCCAGCUAGGUAAGGCCACGAGCUCUAGUGAUAUGCUGCUGAAACUGGCCCGUACAACGCCAUAUUACAAGAGGAACCGACCGCACAUCUGCUCCUUUUGGGUGAAGGGAGAGUGUAAGAGAGGGGAGGAGUGUCCCUACAGGCACGAGAAGCCCACGGAUCCUGAUGACCCUCUGGCCGACCAGAACAUAAAGGACCGUUACUACGGCAUCAAUGACCCAGUAGCCGACAAGCUGCUGAAGCGGGCCUCAACUAUGCCCCGACUGGACCCACCAGAGGACAAGUCCAUCACCACCCUCUACAUAGGGGGGUUGGGAGACACUGUCACAGAUGGAGAUCUCAAGAGUCACUUUUACCAGUUUGGUGAGAUACGCACCAUUACCAUAGUCCAGAGGCAGCAGUGUGCCUUCAUUCAGUUUGCCACACGGCAGUCAGCUGAAACGGCUGCUGAGAAGUCCUUCAACAAACUGAUCAUUAAUGGACGGAGGCUCACCGUCAAGUGGGGAAGGUCUCAGGCAGCAAGAGGAAAGGAGGGCAUCAAAGAUGGUGUCAGUGAGAUGGGUACUAGGCUUGACCCUGUACCUGGACUGCCUGGAGCUCUUCCUCCACCACCAGCUUUGGAUGAAGAGGCUCCUGCAAAUUACUUCAAUCUGGACCCGAGCACCUCUCCUGCUGUCAUGAACAUUGCUCUGCCCCCGCCUCCAGGCAUCAACCCGCCUCCUCCAGGUUUUGGUCCUCCAAUGUUCCACCCCAUGGGUCCCAUGGCUCCACCUAUGCCCCCUCCAAUGAGCAUGAGACCUCCUGGUCAAAUCCACUACCCCUCCCAGGAUCCCCAGCGCAUGGGUGCCCAUGCUGCACAUGGCUCACGCCAUGGUGAUUAGCUGCUAGAGUGAAAUCAUGGCUGUGAUUAGGUGUCAUUCUUUUCCUUGAGUCAGACCUGGUCAGGUGCUUUCACUUCAGAUGCUGUCAGAGGGCCUGAAACCUGCAGACUACUUCUGGGAGAAAUACACUGUAUAGAAAA